AUGGGGGGAUGCCAUGUGUGUGUCCCCCGGCAUCCUCUGCCUGACACCCUCCCCGUCCCGGCUGCCUGCAGGUUCCAGAAGCACGUCCACACCUACCGCAUCCUGCCCGACGAGGAGGAUUUCCUGGCCGUGCAGACCUCGCAGGGGGUGCAGGUGAGACGCUUCAAGACGCUGAGCGAGCUGAUCGCCCUGUACCUGCAGCCCAACCAGGGGCUGGUCUGCACCCUCCUUUUCCCUGUCGAGAGGGAGAAGGAGAAGGAGAACGCGGAGGAGAGGGACUAUUCGGAUGGAGAGGAUGAAAAGCCGCCGUUACCGCCGCGCUCCGGCUCCACCAGCUUCUCCAGCACCUCGGCAGGGCUCAGCCCCACCGGCCUGGGGCCGGCUGUGCCGGAGGGGACGGCGGAGAGCACCAACGGCCUGAGCAGCAUCUCCCACGAGUACCUGAAGGGCAGCUACUCGCUGGACCUGGAGGCAGUGAAGGGGGGGGCCAGCAGCCUCCCCCACCUCAACAAGACCCUCGUCACCUCCUGCAAACGGCUGCACAGCGAGGUGGACAAGGUGCUGGCGGGGCUGGAGAUCCUCUCCAAGGUGUUUGACCAGCAGAGCUCCCCCAUGGUCUCCAAAAUCCUGCAGCAGACGGCGGGGCAGAGUGGGGAGCAGGAGCUGGAGAGCCUGGUGCUGAAGCUCUCGGUGCUGAAGGAUUUCCUCUCCAGCAUCGAGAAGAAGGCGCUGAAAGCCCUGCAGGAGAUGAGCUCGGCCACCCCCGCCGCCCCCCCCCAGCCCCUUUCCCGCAAGGCCAAGAGCAUCCCGGUGCAGACCUUCGAGGUGAAGCUGGACGUCACCCUGGGGGAUCUGACCAAGAUCGGCAAGUCGCAGAAGUACACGCUGAGCGUGGAUGUGGAGGGGGGGAAGCUGGUGGUGCUGAAGAAGCAGAAGGACUCCCAGGAGGAUUGGAACACCUUCACCCACGACAAGAUCCGGCAGCUGAUCAAGUCGCAGCGGGUGCAGAACAAACUGGGCAUCGUUUUCGAGAAGGAAAAGGAUAAAACGCAACGGAAAGACUUCGUUUUCGUCAGCGCCCGGAAGCGGGAGGCUUUCUGCCAGCUCCUGCAGCUGAUGAAGAACAAGCAUUCCCACCAGGACGAGCCUGACAUGAUCUCCAUCUUCAUCGGCACCUGGAACAUGGGCAGUGUGCCCCCACCCAAGAGCAUCACGUCGUGGUUCACCUCCAAGGGUUUGGGAAAGACGCUGGACGAGGUGACGGUCGCCAUCCCCCACGACAUUUAUGUCUUUGGCACCCAGGAGAAUUCCCUGGGGGACAAGGAGUGGGUGGAUUUCCUCCGCGCCGUGCUGAAGGACUUCACGGAGGUUGAGUACCGCCCGGUGGCCAUGCAGUCCCUGUGGAACAUCAAGGUGGUGGUACUGGUGAAGCCAGAGCACGAGAACCGCAUCAGCCACGUCAGCACGUCCAGCGUCAAGACGGGGAUUGCCAACACCCUGGGGAACAAGGGAGCCGUGGGUGUCUCCUUCAUGUUCAACGGCACCUCCUUCGGCUUCGUCAACUGCCACCUCACCUCCGGCAAUGAGAAGACGGCACGGAGGAACCAGAACUACCUGGACAUCCUGCGCCUGCUCUCUCUGGGGGACAAGCAGCUGAGCUCCUUCGACAUCUCCCUCCGCUUCACCCACCUCUUCUGGUUUGGGGACCUCAAUUAUCGCCUGGACAUGGACAUCCAGGAGAUCCUCAACUACAUCAGCCGCAAGGAGCUGGAGCCGCUGCUCAAGGUGGAUCAGCUCAACCUGGAGAAGGAGAAGCACAAGGUCUUCCUGCGCUUUGGUGAGGAGGAGAUCACCUUCCCCCCCACCUACCGCUACGAGCGGGGCUCCCGGGACACCUAUGUCUGGCACAAGCAGAAGCCCACAGGGGUCCGCACCAACGUGCCGUCCUGGUGUGACCGCAUCCUCUGGAAGUCCUACCCCGAGACUCACGUCAACUGCAACGCCUACGGGUGCACGGACGACAUCGUCACCAGCGACCACUCGCCUGUCUUCGGCUCCUUCGAGGUGGGGGUGACGUCCCAGUUCGUCUCCAAAAAAGGGCUCUCCAAGUCUACUGAGCAGGCGUACAUUGAGUUCGAGAGCAUCGAGGCUAUCGUGAAGACGGCCAGUCGCACCAAGUUCUUCAUCGAGUUUUAUUCCACCUGCCUGGAAGAGUUCAAGAAAAGCUUCGAGAACGACAGCCAGAGCAGCGACAACAUCAACUUUCUCAAGGUGCAAUGGUCGUCCCGGCAGCUGCCCACGCUGAAGCCCAUCCUCUCUGAGAUCGAGUACCUGCAGGACCAGCACCUCCUGCUCACUGUCAAAUCCCUCGAUGGCUACGAGUCCUAUGGGGAAUGUGUCAUUGCUCUGAAGUCGAUGAUCGGCAGCACGGCGCAGCAGUUCCUCACCUACCUGUCUCACCGCGGCGAGGAGACGGGCAACAUCCGCGGCUCCAUGAAGGUCCGGGUGCCCGCCGAGCGCUUGGGCACCCGCGAGAGGCUCUAUGAGUGGAUCAGCAUCGAUAAGGAUGAGACGGCGGCCGGCAAAGGGAAGGUGCCGCUGGGUGCCAGAGCCAACCAGGACUAUGCCAAGUCGGUGGGGCGGACGCCCACCGGUGCUGAGCCGCCCGCUGCCGCUGCCGUCCCGGCGAAGCUCCCGGAGGAGCCCGAGAAGGGCAACGCCACGCCGGCCCCCCGGCCCCCCGCACCGCACCGUGGCACUGCCAGGGAUGAGGCCGCCCCGAGCCGGUCCAAGGCGGAGGCGAUGCCGGAGCCGGCGGCGGGGCCGCUGAAGAACAGCUUCAACAACCCGGCGUACUACGUGCUGGAGGGGGUCCCGCACCAGCUGCUGGCACCCGGGGACCCCGGCAAACCCCCGGCCCCCAAGGCCAAGGUGCAGCUGGCGGUGCCCGAGCGACGACGGCACCCCUCAGCCGGGCAGCCGCCGGCGUGCCGCGGCGAGGAGAGCUCCUCGGAUGAGGACGCCGGCACCCUCAACUUGCCGCCGCCGGAUUUCCCGCCGCCGCCGCUGCCGCGGGAGCUGGAGCUGCCCCCGAACCCCUUCUUCGGCAGCGCCAAGGAGCUGCCGGUGCCCGUCGGGCGCGAGGAGCCCAAACCGCGGCCGGCCGUGGGCGGUGCCGCCUUCGGCGAGUCCCCCCCGCCCAAGCUGCACCCCCGGCCCCCGCCGUCUGCCAGCGCCGGAUUCGGGCUUGAGGGGCCUGGCGGGACUCCCGCUACCGGGGGGCUGCAUGGUGCUGGGGGGCUGCCCGUGGCAGGGGGGCUACUGGACGACCGCUCCUGCUCGGUGCUGCAGAUGGCCAAGACGCUGAGCGAGGUGGACUACGCCGGAGGGAAGGGGAGGGCGGCCCCCCCCCGGCCACUGCUGGCCAAGGGGGGGCGGUUGGAGCUGCCCCCCCGCUGCCUGCACCCCGACUACGGCCGCCCCCUCGCCUUCCCCCCCCACUCCAUCCGGGAGAGCAUCCAGGAGGACCUGGCUGAGGAGGCGCUGUGCCAGGCGGGCCGUGGCGUGGGCGCCGUGCCCGGUGUGGGCGAGUGGCUGCGGGCGCUGGGGCUGGAGCGGUACGAGGAGGGGCUGGUGCGCAACGGCUGGGACGACCUGGAGUUCCUCAGUGACAUCACAGAGGAGGACCUGGAGGAGGCCGGCGUGCUGGACCCCGGCCACAAGCGCGCCCUCCUGGAGAGCCUCCAGCUCCGCAAAUAGCCGUGGCCGA